ACAGUAUGGCCGGCGAUAUUAGCUAGCACUCGCUAACGGUAUUCUCUGCAAAAGGGAAGACGGUAACUCAAGAAAAUCAACACCUGGACUGCUUAAAGGACUGUACCUCAAUAAAUUAUAACGGACCGAGGAAGGAUUAAUUAAGCUAUAAACGUUAUAACCGACGUUUAUUUUAUUUUUUAUUUUUUUUGUUGGGUGUCUGUUGUCUCAUGAUGGAAGAUAACGGUGCACAUUUCUUCGAGGGGACUGAGAAGCUGUUGGAAGUGUGGUUCUCUCGGCAGGACGAGGCCAAAGGAACCGGAGACCUCCGUACCAUCCCGAGGUUUGAGUGGGACAAACUUCUGGAGAAUGUGCAUUGUUUGAUCAUAAGUGUGACAAAGACUGACAAGCAGGAAGCUUAUAUACUCAGUGAGAGUAGCAUGUUUGUCUCCAAGAGACGUUUCAUUUUGAAGACAUGCGGAACCACCCUCUUACUGCAAGCACUGGUGCCUCUGCUGGAACUUGCCAGGGAGUACUGCGGCUUCGAUUCCAUCGAGAAUUUCUUCUACUCCCGCAAGAAUUUUAUGAAGCCUACCCAUCAAGAGUUCCCUCAUCGAAACUUCCAGGAGGAAGUGGACUUCCUCAGCCAGAUUUUCCCAAAUGGUGCAGCCUACUGCAUGGGACGUUUGAACUCUGACUGCUGGUACCUGUUUACUCUAGACCUACCAGAGUACUGGGAGAACAAACAUGCGGAUCAGACGCUGGAAGUUCUGAUGAGCGACCUCGAUCCAGCCAUCAUGGACCAGUUCUACAUGAAAGAUGGUGUUUCUGCAAGUGAUGUCACUCGUAUGAGUGGAAUUCGUGACCUGAUACCAGGUUCUGUGAUAGACGCCACAAUGUUCAACCCUUGUGGAUACUCAAUGAAUGGAAUGAAGACUGACGGAACCUACUGGACCAUCCACAUCACCCCGGAGCCAGAGUUCUCCUACGUCAGCUUCGAAACCAACCUCUCCCAGACGUCUUACGAUGAUCUCAUCAGGAAGGUUGUGGAGGUGUUCAAGCCAGGAAAAUUUGUGACUACGCUUUUUGUCAAUCAGAGCUCCAAAUGUCGCAGUGUCUUUUCUUCUCCCCAGAAGCUCGAGGGCUACAAGCGCCUCGACCGCCAGUUGGCCCAGUUUAACGAUUACAAUUUUGUCUUCACAAGCUACACCAAGAACCGCCAGCAGAACCAGCAGAGCUGAGGGUUGAGGAUGAAGAAGAGGCGCAAAAAGAAAGGUGGGCCCUCUGGGCUCCACCCUUGCGGCCGGCUUCACCCACCAGUGGAGAGCUUUUCGUCUUCCCCCUCCUCCCUCCCCCUCUGCUGCUGGCGUCGUUCAUGGUGUCCU